UACUUCUUGCUUUUUCAAAGUUCUCUUUAUUAGAUGAAAUUUUUGAUAUGGUAGUUAAACGAUGCCCUAACUGCGAUCAAACGGUAAGCAACAAGUGAUAAUUAUUGUAAUGUAAAGGAGAAACUUAGGAAUUAAGCUUAUUGAAGCUUUAAAAUAAGUGCGGCCAGUAAUAAAUUUAAUAGAUUGAAGUUUAUCAAUUUGUGAUUUGUCUAGAUUUCGAUUUCGAUAGUUACUAUCUAUCAAGUUGCAUUUACUUUAUAGAACUUAAGAGCUCCUUAUUCAAUUGUUAUAGUUUUCUUUAAAUAUUCAGCAUUAAAAAAGAGCUUUGGCUGCAAAAGCUUCAGUUUAAGCUCGUAUUUCAUGAUAUUUAAUCACCGCUACGUCAAUAAUUCAACCACGAUUUCUUUCCCAUGAGAAAAGACUAACAUAUAAGCAUGUGAAUAUCACUCAAUGUAUUUAAUAAGACUUACGUUUCUUGCGUUAACUUUUUCAUAUCGAUCAUUAAACGCUUCGGAAAAUCACAUAUAAUAAAAUUAUGCACCAGUUAUUUGAAACCCUCGGAUCCCCCCCCCCCUCGGGAAUGAGCGGGGUAAUGCAGGGCCUUUCACUUCAUACUCACUCUAUUUUUGUUCCACGUCAAGCGGGGGAUGUGCUAGAAAUCACGGUCCUCAGUUCCCAGACCAGGGAAUAAGUGCACUCUGUCAUCAGCAGUUUUCAUUUUCGCGCCACAUAGUAACGUAACUUUUAAAACAACCAUUUCUCUUCAAAAGAUAUUAAUUAAGAUUUCAUAUAUCACAAGACAUAGUAGCUGUUACUUUUGGAUAAAUAGUAUUUUGCUUAGAGUAUGACGAUAGUAGCGAAUCCCUACCUGAUAUAAUGUAUGAGAAUAUUGGCCAAAAUUGCUUUAGCACUUACUUUAUUCGAGACCAAAACCGCCUUCUCGUACCAAGGUACGAGUCAAGAUACAUGGAAGAUUCUCUCUCAUAUAUAUAGAGGUGCAUCAUUAUGGAACUUUGUUAACUGCAAUGACAAGGAAGCAUCUUUGGCGCAGAAUUUUAAUGUGUGUAUGUAUGUAUGCAUGUAUGAAUGUCAGUACUCCGCAUCAUUGUAGUUGUCUGUUGUGUUACAUCAGGGGCUAUUUAUACAGGGAAAAAUAAGACACAUCUUCAAUAAGACAUAGACUAUACCAUUUCAGAGCAUAUAAAGUGUGUCUUAUAAAUUAGCCAAGUUGUGGCUUAUUAAAGAUGCAAACUCAUUUUUUGUGCCAUUUAUAUGAGAGGUCCGCAUCUUAUUUUUCUUGUAUUGGUGGCCUUGUUGUUUAUAAAAACUUCAGAAGACUGUAAAGCAUGAGUUUUAAUUUUACAGCUAUAAAUAUAUUUGUAAUCCCUUUUUAUGCUGGCGACAACGAGAAAGGGUUGACAGUUUAAAGGGAGUACUGUGUGUGUGGGUCAUAUUAGAGCAGGGAAGUUCACCAUUCACUUUGGUCCCAGGGAGAGGAAAAUUCAAUUGCUUUUACUUGCUUCAAAAGUGAAUGCCCUGGUCAUCCCUGAGAUUGUGGGGGGUCUGAGGAUUUCAAAUGACUGUUACAUUACUGCAUAAAAUUGAGUGCAAUAUGAUAUAAUCUUUAACUGAGUUUAUUACUUCACUUUUUAGUUUUUAACAAAUGUUUUCAUAGGAGCAUAUUUAUGCAUGAAUGAAGCUUUAGCAUUUUUAAGUUUUAGGUAUCUGUUUAACAGUAUGUUUUACCUGAAUUGCUUAAAUGUGAUCAUAAGAGCAAUGAAUUAUUGUUAUUAUUAUAAUGAGGGCUAGUAAUUAUGGUAAUAAAAAACAAUUAUUAUAAAAUUAUAGUUUUGUAAUAAACUAUCUGUUAAUCAGCUGACAUGGCCGACACUAGUGACUUUGAGUCUGGAACUAUUUUACCCAUAGUUAUUAUUGGCUGAUCCCAUUCUUGAACAUACUUUAAAAAAAUUGUGUGAUAGAGGUUCUUAGGAGAAUCAGUGGCAGGUAGUGGGAUAAACAAGUAUGAAAGGUCAAAAUAGCCAUGUGAAGGGUUGAGGAAAAUGUGGGCACUUUCUGUUCACUGCAUUGUAUCACCAUGAUACCAACAUUAUUGUACCAGCAUUGUACCAAUGAACCAGUACGUAUUGUAAGUUGAUGGUACUGGCCUUAGUACAGUGGACCAUGUUGAAGGACUUGCUGGCUAACAUGAAAAUAAGUAUAGUGAAACCUGUAUUAAGCGGACACCCCCAGGGAAUGCUGUAGUGUCCGCUUAAUACAGGGUGUCCGCCUAAUACAGGUUUCGAUAGAUAGCGUCAUAUGAGAUGUCAAAUGCCAUUCAAAUGAACAGUGGAAAUGUUGAGAAAACUCCCAGAGACUUUGACGAUAUACGUUUUCAUUAAUUUCUCGGAUCUUGUUUACUGUGGGUAAUGUCGACUGAGAUAUCGGUCGACAUAGCGGUCGAUAUAGCGGUCGACAGUCGGUCGAUAUAGCGGUCGACAGUCGGUCGAUAGUCGGUCGACAGUCGGUCGAUAGUCGGUCGAUAGUCGGUCGAUGGUCGGUCGAUAGUCGGUCGAUAGUCGGUCGAUAGUGAGAUAGACUAUCGGCCGAGUAUCGGUCGAUAUUUCGUCGACGCACCUCGACUUACUAUCGGUCAUAUGUCGGUGAUAUAUCGGUCAACUGUCGGUGAUAUAUCGGUCAACUGUCGGUGGUAUAUCAGUCAACUGUCGGUCGUAUAUCGGUGAACUGUCGAUGGUAUAUCGGUCAACUGUCGGUGGUAUAUCGGUCAACUGUCGUUCGAAUAUUAGUCGUGUGUUAAUUUAUCAGGUGAGUCCUAUGGCUUUUUUUUUAAGCAAAGACGUCAUUAAUUACUGUUAUCAUGCGAUGGGGAACAUGUACCAGUGCAAGGCGCGAUUACGCUAUGAAGAGAACCGAAGAGCACUGGGAACUAAGGACAUGAUAACCUUUUUUUUCCAGUUUGUAUCAUCACCGAUCGUCUGAGUUUUAGCUGUUAAACAGAACAUGUCUCAGCCUAAGUUGAAUCUGCUGCUCCUGUGGUCCCGCAAAAAUGUAGGAAAAUUUAGGAAAUGCUAAGUGUCGACUGACCAUCGACCGAGUGUCGACCAAUUACUGACCGACACAUCGGUCAAGUAUCGACCAACUAUCGACCAAGUAUCAGCGAAGUGUCGGCGAAAUGUCGGCGAAAAGUCGGCGAAGUGUCGGUGAACGAAAAGCUAUAUCGGCCGAGACACAUCUGGAACGACUAUCGGCCGUGUCUCGAUCGAGUGUCGACCCACUAUCGACCGACUAUCGACCGCUAUAUCGACCGACUGUCGACCGAGUGUCGACCGACUAUCGACCGAGUGUCGACCGAGUAUCGACCGACUGUCGAUCGAGUGUCGACCGACUAUCGACCGAGUGUCGACCGCUAUAUCGACCGCUAUAUCGACCGAUAUCUCGGUCGACAUUACCCACAGUAAACAAGAUCCAAUUUCUCUAUCAAAGUGGACCAAUUGAUCAUAGUACCAUAAACAUAGAUUGCAACUCAAAUUUGACGAAAUCAGAUGAGUGAAACAAGCUCUAUACAAACAAAACGAAAUAGAAAACAAUGCUGUACUGUGAAAUUACGUGAAAUUAAUCAAAUAAGUUGGUCAAGUCACGUUUUUUAAUGUAAAAAUGAAAAAGUUGUGGGUGACAAUUCGAGGUAAUCUUUCGCAUUUCCGGUGUCUGGCAUGUUGGGUGGUGGAAUUUGGUUACAAGUGUCCGUUUAAUACAGGUUGUUAACAAUAGAAAUGACUAUUUCAGGUACUUUUUAGGUGUCUGCAUCCGCUUAAUAGAGGUGUCCUCUUAAUAAAGGUUUCAUUUAAAGUAAAUAAGAGAAAUAAAUUUUGGAACUUCGGCUUCUGUCCGCUUAAUAGAGGGUGUCCGCUUAAUACGGUGUCCGCUUAAUACAGGUUUCACUGUAGAUAAAAAUGUAUAUUAACUGCUGUCUUUAGAAAUUAAGUUGCAUGCUCCUUUUUUUAUGUUGCAGCUCCCCGUUGCGUGCAAGUCUUGUCCAUGUGGCCAUGUUUUUAUUAGCCGGAAGUUACAUCAAGUGCAAGUUAAAAAAGAGCAAGGUAAUAAGUCAGAAAUUGUAGUGUAGCUGUACUGAAAAUGCCCCCAGCAUUUUUACAGAUCUAAAGAUGAUGGUGACAUUGAAACAAUUCAAAAAAUGUUUUUGCCAAUUAUGUUCUCUAAUGUGCAAUGAGAUUCAAUUUAAUGUUUCUUUUUUCAGGGGAAGGUGUGAAUGGUUCAGAACGAGAUAAAAGACUUCGUCCUGAGAGGCCAAAAAAGGAAAAUCCAGAUUUUGACUAUGAAUUUUCACUUGUCCCAGAAGACCUUGUGGAGCGUAUGAAAACGGAGCAGAUGCCAUGUCCAUUACCUCAGCAAAAUGUUGUCAACUUGGAGAAUGUACAGGAAAAACAAAUAAAUCUUCCCCAGGUAGCUGUGAAAGAAUUGUCAACCACUAACAUUAUUUCAUUUUUGAUGGUGGUCAGAAAUUCAAGUGAAAUUCAAAGGAAAGUUGUCCGUGUAGUGGGCAGUGAUUCAUGAUAGAAUACCCAUCAAAUCUCGGAUGCAGUUACUAAAGGUCCUAGCUUUGAAAAACUCUGGUCAAGCAGCAUUUCAUCUAUUUUAUUUAUUUAUUUAUUUACAUGCUUAGUAACAAACAAAAGGAGUUAACACUCACAGAGCAAGCUCCACUACUAAGUCCAGAAAAAAAAUUGCAAAUAAUAGUAAAAGUAACAAUAAUGACAACACACAGGUAAAAACAAUAGAGAGACAGAAAAUAACAAACAGAAUAAAAACAAACAUCAAUAGAAGAAUCAACACAUUAAUUUGAUCAAGCAAUAUGGUUAAUGGUAGACUUAGGUGCACAUGGCACUUAUACACACACUCUGACAUUGUAUGGGUUUGGGGGUUGUCGACACAAGUAACAGUCUUAUUGAUCCUCAUAUAGUUACAGUAAAUGUUUGGAGAUGGGAUGGUCUUGCGCGGAUAAAAGAAUAUUAGUGAGCUGACGCAACAGGACGGCAGGAAGAAGAAGACGGCAGAACGCUCGUGUGUGACAAACGUGACAAGGCUGUUUCUUUCGUGUUUUGUUGUGAUCUUUACUUAACACUGAUGUUUUCUGGUCUUUUACGAAAAGAUCUGUUUAAAGGAAAGUGAAGUUUGGGGAAAAGUUUUUUCAAACAAAAUUAUUGUCACGCUUGUCACACAAGGUUUGCCAUCUUCUUCCCUCUCCCGUCCUGUUGCGUAAGUUCACUAUUAGUAAAGGCACCUAGACAAGCCUUAACUUAGUCAUAAAUCUAAAAGUUAAUGUCACAUUCAUGAGUGAGUCUCAAAUCUUGUCAAUGUUAAUUUUUUUGUAGCUUCCUCCCACUCUAGAUGGUGUGGUUCUGCCUAAAAAGCGUGGACGUCCCAAAGGAUCGAAAAACAAAGUGAAAACUGAAGUCAGUAGAGAUGUUGUCCCAGCUCAAACUCAGGUACAUUGAUGUCAUAUAUAUUUAUGGACUAUCCAAAAAGUCUUUUUCUAGAAAUUGAAUUAGUGAGUCCCAUCAGCACAUUUCAUAGCCACUAGAUUUCAAUAAUUAUUGGCACAUUGGGUUAGAGCGCGAGCUUCUGUGCGGGAGGUUCUGAGUUAGAUUAAAAUGGGUAAAAAGAGUGCAACGCUGGCCUCAGGUUGCCUAUAGUGCCUAGGCCUCAUCUGUGUGGCUGAAGUGUUUUGGGUCAUGUGGUCCAAGCAUAGUGAAUUGACUGACAGGGACUGGGAAAAUGCCGUACAGGGACUAGGCAAGGCUUCAGGUUCGUCAGGCCAGUGAGUAUACCCUCAUGACUUACCGAUGUAAAACAAGGACCUUUACCUUUUUUCCACAGCCUGUUCCACUGGUUGAAGAUGGAGUUCCAGUCAAACGCAAACGUGGUCGACCAAAAGGCUCCAAGAACAAACCCAAGCCCCAGUCCCUUCUCUCACCAAACAAAUCAGUUCAAAAUAAUGAAGAGGGAGAUGACCAAACAUCAAGUGGCUCAGACAACCGAGAACCUGUGGAUGUCAUGCCCUAUAUCUCACGUGAAAAAGCUGAGAUGUACUCACUUAUAUUGAUGGACAUCAAUCAAAAGAUGAUAUCACAGUCGUGCAUGAAGUUCGUGUAAAAUGGUUGCUGUACAUAGUUAGUACAUUAUUUGUUGUAGUUCAAUUUUAU